CAUAGGACUAGCGCACUAUCCUCACUAUGGCAUCCACCGCAGCACGGACUCUCUUACUGCUUUUCGUUACCUUCUGUGCAUCGAUUCAAGCCGAAAAGCCCCUGCGGCCGCGGAACGUGAAGCUGACGUCAGUGGACAAGGGCCUGAGGGUGAGCUGGGAACCUCCCAACGAGCUGGACGGUCGCCCGGUGGACCGCUACACCAUCAGCUACGGAAAGUCCAUGAGAACACUGCGCUUCAUCAAGGUGGACAAGGACAGACGCUCCGAGGUACUGGAGGAUGUAGAGCCCGGAGUUCUGCACUUUCUGAAGAUGAGUGCCGAGAAUGAGGAGGGGAUCAGCAAACCUGUCUACAGAGCAGAGACGCCAGGAGGUGGUGAAUGGGUCAAACUGGACGGCUUUGCAGUGGUGGGCGGGGCACCUGUCAACACAUCCUCUCCAGCUCGUCCAUCUCCUACUCCAGACACCCGGCCCAGGCCUGACCCCCCUGUGAGGAUGCAUGUGAUGACAGGAACAGAGACAGGGGUAGAUGAGUCAUUGCGCCCCUCAGGCCUAACCUCCCCCAGGGGGCAGCGGAUCCGGAGACCCCCCCAGUCGUCCUCCGGCCCUCGUCAGCCAGAGAGGGCUAGGGCAGGGCCAGCCCUGCUGGACCAGAGGUCCCAACACCAACAACACCACACCCAGCCACAGGCAGACCAGAGAAACAGACACAACCUCAAACUAGCCUCUGAGUCCGUCUAUGUGGUAUCACUGCAGGCACAGAGAGCAACGGGGCGGAGCGCGCCAAGCAGCAGGGCCACCCUGACCAAAAAAGCUCCACCAGAGCCUGAGGAGCAUGAGGCCAAAGACAUCAGCGUGAGGGUCAUGUCCCCUCAGUCUGUCCUCAUCAGCUGGGUGGAUCCGUCCAUCGAGAUGGAGAAGGUCCUCCCUGGGGACUCCAGACACUACACAGUGAAGUACAGGGAGAAGGGUGAGUCUGCUCGAUGGGAGUACAAGGACACCAACCAGAGGAGGCUGCUGAUAGACACCCUGUCAGCUGACAGGAUGUAUGAGUUUUCUGUCCGCAUCUCCAAGAGAGACAACCAUGGCAAAUGGAGCACAUCUGUGUUCCAGAGGACCCCAGAAUCGGCUCCCUCCGGUCCUCCAGAGAACUUUCACGUGAAGGCGCUGAGAGGGAAGGGAACCGCCGUCACGGCGACCUGGGACCCUCCUGAGGAACCCAACGGGAGGAUACGUGAGUACAUCAUGUCCUAUGCUCCUGCCAUGAAACCCUUUGGGAUGAAGUCAGUGACAUACCGUGGCAGCAUCACCUCAGCCAUCGUAGACGGCCUCCAGCCUGGGGACCGUUACAUCUUCAAGAUCAGGGCGACCAACAGGAGGGGCCAGGGCCCUCAAACCAAAGCCUUCAGUGUGGCCGUGCCUCGUGGCACCACCAACAGCGCUGCCUCCCCACCAACUCAUCACUCCAAGGGCCAAGGAGGCCGUAGAACCAGCCACACACCUUCUCGGACCACCGAACAGGACAGUUACCAUGACGAUGACACCGACCUCCAAUUAGACGCCGUGACCGAACAGCUGACCACACCCACCCAGACCACAUCCUCCGCCACCAGACGGAAACGCCCACUCACCCAAACACGCUCCUAUCACAGCAUCUUCUCAGAUGUGAGGGGCACGGUCAGGAAGGGGGCGACCAAUCAGCAACUAGGAGGUGGUACCUCUUCAGCCAGAGAUAAGGGGAGAGAGACGGAAACAGAGGAUGAACAGGAGGAGGAGUACAAAACAACAGAACCCAAUCCAGAAGAACAGAAGAAGGUGAGGCUCACCAACGAGGCUCUGGAGGAGAAGAAAGAAGCAUUGUCUCAGAACAACGGUGUUCCUUCUGAACCUGAGGAGGAGGACAGGAGCCAUGGCAGAGGGGGAGGGAAAGAUCCAGCUGUAGAUGAGACCUCUAGCCCCAGCCUCAAAACAGAGGUUCCCUCAUCAGAGGGCUCCUCAUCAUCGUCCAAACCCUCCUACCCUCUCCGCAAACCUCUCUCCGGUAGACGCAUCAACUCUGGUCGACGGCAAUUCUCCCGGACAUCAGGCUUAGGGUCAGUGUUCCAGCCGAAGACACAGGAUGCAGAAAUGGACAGUGCCUCCUCCUCCUCCUCUUUGUCCUCCAGCCCAUCCCACAGCCAGGAGUCAGCAGCCAUCAGGAAAGACGAUGCGGUCACCAACUAUGCCGAGGGUAAAAACACCUAUGACCAGCCCAGUGUCACAGAAACCAAACCCUCCCCCUCCACCCCAGAGCAGGCCAUCUCAGAGCCCGAGGCCGAGGCACCUUCUGUGGGUAGGGGUCCUGCUCUGCCAGGUCGUGGAUAUGGUUAUGGCAGGAGGAAACCCGGGAUCCUGUCUCGAGGGAAUCCAAAUGGCCGAGUUCUGACUGGACUCCGCAAACCUGGGUCAGCCUCAACAUCGACCGGAGGCAAGAUUCCUGAACCGUCACACACUCACGGCUCACAUACUCCUAACGCGCAGGACUCAACACACCACCAGGAGAACAAUGACCACAACGACUACAAAAACACAGAGACAAAGGCCACAAAAGAAGAAGAACCCACUUCCAAUUCUCAGACCAUAUCCUCUACACAUCCCUCAGAGGAGGACGCAAGAGAGGACAGGACAGAGGAGAGAGGGAGAGAGAACAGGGGAGAGGAGGAAGGGAGGGGAGACAGGAGAGAGGAGAGAGGGAGAGAGGACAGGAGAGAGGAGAGAGGGAGAGAGAACAGGGGAGAGGAGGAAGGGAGGGGAGACAGGAGAGAGGAGAGAGGGAGAGAGGACAGGAGAGAGGAGAGAGUGAGGGGAGACAGGAGAGAGGAGGGAGGGAGGGGAGACAGGAGAGAGGAGACAGGGAUGGGGGACAGGAGAGAGGUGGGUGGGAGGGGAGACAGGAAAGAGGAGGGUGAGAGGGGAGACAGGAGAGAGGAGGGUGAGAGGGGAGACAGGAGAGAGGAGGGAGGGAGGGGAGACAGAACAGAGGAGAAAGGGAGGGGAGUCAGGAGAGAGGAGGAAGGGAGGGGAGACAGUAGAGAGGAGGGAAGUAGGGGAGACAGGAGAGAGGAGGGAGGGAGGGGAGACAGGAGAGAGGAGGAAGGGAGGGGGGAGAGGAGAGAGGAGGGAGGGAGGGGAGACAGGAGAGAGGAGGAAGGGAGGGGAGACAGGAGAGAGGAGGAAGGGAGGGGAGACAGGAGAGUGGGGGGAGUGAGGGCAGACAGGAGAGAGGAGGGAGGGAGGGGAGACAGGAGAGAGGAGAGAGUGAGGGGGGAGAACAACUCCAACACCCCAGCUCCCCCUCCCUCCAGGAUUAACUCCUUUGGGAACCGUCACCAGAGCAGGUUUGGAACAGGGACGGGGAGCAGUAGCAGGGCCUCCUCCCCCCGGGCGGACGGGAGGGUUCCCUGGAGCAGGACUACCUCCUCGUCCUCCGUUGGGGCAGGGAAACCUCUCCUUAGAGGAACCCCCUCCAGGACAGUUGCAUUGGGGGCAGCAGGAGCUACGGGGGCAGCAGGAGCCUCAGGGGAAUCGAGGACCUCAGCAUUGCAGGAGACCAGUGAAGAUGCUAAAACCUCUUCCACCCUCUACCCAUUAAAGAACGGGGAGAGGGUGGGGUCACCUAAACCCUCUCUGCCCAACAGGAAUGCAGUUCUAGAUGGAUCUAGGAAUCCCAUCACCUCCUCUUCCUCCUCCAACCCCUCCUCUAGUGGUCGUAGAGACUCCAGUGAGCCAGUCCACAGAGGAAGCAGCAUCAGGGAGGACAGCAGUAAUGACCAUGAGGAGGACUAUCUCUACGAGGGGAGCAAGGAGAUCUAUGAGAAAGUCACAGACCCAACCCCUGUCCCCAAAACUACUACCACCACUACCACCACUACCACUACCUCAGCCCCCAGUACCCCCCGCAGGGUGUCCCAGAGUGGGGAUAACGAGAAUGUGGACCCCAAGCUUGGUAGAACCAGACCCGGUUUAAUCCCCAGUUCUACGUUCCCCCGACGUCCCAUUUUAGGUCCCAACGGGAGGGUGAGAUCCCCCCUACUCACAAACAGGCAGACGGCUUCUAGGUUCCCCUUUAGAGCACAACCAGCACAGAGCACACAGUUAGAUUCCUCUAACCCAGACACAUCCCCUUCCUCUUCUUCCUCUUCCUCCUCUAGUCUGCCACAGCCAGACCACAGGGUUAACGGGGGCACUAGUGUUAGCACUGGAGGCUCCCCACCUUCCCUCUCUCUCCCCUCCCUCAGACAGACCUCCUCUAGUGAGGGUUCCCAGGGGUCUCAGGACUCCUCCUCCUCCUCCUCCUCCUCAUCCAGAGACUCUUUGGGGGGGCAGGGGAUGAGGAUGCGCUACCCCAGUCGGUCAGACCCCUUCCUCAGGAGUAAAACCCCCAGUGGAGGCCUCAAGCCUGGCUACGGAAACGGUAAUGGUAAAAAUGGCCGCCCCAAUCUCACAGUGACCAGUGACAAAGAGUCCAGCACACCUAAUGACAACACAAAACCUAAUGGACGAAGGUACAUCACUGGGCCUGAUGGAGCCAAAUGGGUGGUGGACUUGGAUGAGGGGGUCCUGAUGAACGAGAAUGGCAUGGUUCUCCAGGACUCUCAGGGCCGACCCAGGAGGGUGGUGCUGGGAGAGGAUGGACGCACCAUCUUUGACCACCAGGGCAGCCCAUUGGUGAACCAGGAGGGUCAGGCUCUGUUUGGUCAUGGUCGGGAGAGCCAACCAUUGGUCAACCCCAAAGACAAGUUCCUGACCGUUGGUGGAAAACCCGUCAUUGGCCUGGACCGGCCUAAACCCAGGACCACAACCACAACCACAACCACAACCACAACCACAACCACAACCAGACCUCCUACUACGACCACACCUGAACCAACCACGCUCCCAACGACCACUGAAAUGACCACAGAGGAGACUACGACCAUGCUGGUGUUCCCAUCUUGUCCUCCAGGAAUGUUUUUAAUCAGGGAUGAGAAUGGAUUUCCAAUGCUGGAUGCUGAUGGUGUCCUGGACUGUUAUCCUGAAGAUGAGAUGUUGUGGCAAACCACCCUGCCCCCCACCCUGCCCCCUACCACCACCACCCCAGACCCCCCCACCCCUGAACCAGAGAGCAGGCCGUUCAACAACAGCCCUUCCAAUGAGUUCGACCUCACCGGGAAGAAACGUUUCACAGCUCCGUACGUGAACUUCAUCCAGAAGGAUCCGGGUGCUCCGUGCUCGCUGACAGAGGCUCUGGAAUACCUCCAGGUGGACGUCUUGGAGAACCUGUUCAAGAAAGACAGCCUGGCCUCCAAUCAGAAACAGCCGCCCAAGAACAAGCCCCACAACAUCACCGUGGUCGCCAUGGAAGGCUGUCACUCGUUCGUCAUCCUGGACUGGGCCAUCCCCCUGAAGGACGACAUGGUGUCAGGCUACAUGGUCCACAGCGCCUCAUAUGAUGACAUCCUCAACAACAGGUGGUCCUCCAGCGCUUCCAGUGGCACACACCUGGCUGUGGAGAACCUCAAACCCAACUCCAGGUACUACUUCAAAGUCCAGGCAAAGAAUAUCUUUGGGCUGGGACCGGUUAGCGAUACGCUCACCUAUGUCACUGAAUCAGACGACCCUCUUCUUAUUGAACGGCCGCCUGGUGGAGAGCCUAUCUGGAUCCCCUUCUCCUUCAGAUUCAACCCCCAGCACAGUGCCUGUAAGGGCAGCCAGUACGUCAAGAGGACCUGGUACAGAAAGUUUGUGGGCGUGGUCCUGUGCAACUCGCUGAGAUACAAAAUCUUUAUGGGCGAUGGGCUGAAAGAAAUGUUCUACAGUAUAGCAGACACAUUCGGCCAUGGGGAGGACCACUGCCAGUUUGUAGACUCUUACCUAGACGGGAGGACAGGCUCCCCCAGCCUCUCAACGUAUCUGCCCACAGCACAAGGUUACUAUCGCUCUUACAGGCAGGAGCCAGUCAACUUUGGACCUAUCGGCCGGCGUACGCCACAUCCCUUCGUGGGAUGGUAUGAGUGUGGGGUGCCCAUCCCUGGCAAGUGGUAACACAGGGGGUCACAAAGAGGUCAUCACCGAGGGCAUACAAACUCCAACCUGCUGCAGCCUCUGUCAUGCUCUCACUGACCCCGCCCCCUGGAGAUGAACUGUUGCUAACCACAGCAGAAAGACAACAACAUUCCAAACUUAUACUGCUUCAGAUCAAAGAGAAUAUAAUACUUUAAACAACACUAAUAUUUCCAUGUAUUCAUUACCAUGCACUUUUAUAAAAGCAGUUUGUAUAUGAGGGGGAAAAAGCAUGUAUUGCUAUUGCUUAGUUUAACUUUAGUCUUCUGGAUCGGAAAGAAUCCUUGUUUAUUCCCAACUAUUCUCAAGUGGAAGUGCACCUGUGAUCAUGACAACACUAAUGAAAUGGGAGAUCCUUUAAAAGACCAAAGCACAAACUGAACAGUACUAAUGGGAGUGAAGGGAUUGUAUGUGUGUUUACUAUCAAUCAAGAGAUCUUGUUCAUAACAGUAGUAUGAUACAGUAAUGGCUUUUGACAACUAGUUUUGGUGUCAGUUUUCUUGAACAUGCAUAGUGUUUUUAUAGUCUUUGGUAUUUACGAGACUCCAUAAGAUCCGAAGUUACUGUGGAAGUGUUGUAUGUAUACAGACAAUGAAUAACAAUACUUAAUAUUUGCUCAGGAAUGGUUGGACAUUAAAUAAAGGUGCUAUGGAAAACAAGGAACCCCUUAACGAUUAAUUUGUUCCGUGAGAAUAUCUGAAUGUCCCUGUUUAAAGAAACUCAAACUUUACUAAGCAAAUAGAGUUUCAGUUUCAAUCUUGUAUCAUAAUCUGUCUAAACCACAGUACCAGUCAAAGGUUUGGACACACCUACUCAAUUAAGGGUUUUUCUUUAUUUUGUACUAUUUUCUACACUGUAGAAUACUAGUGAAGACAUCAGAACUAUGAAAUAACACAUAUGGAAUCAUGUAGUAAACAAAUAAAA